GUUACCUAUGUUACACUCAUUUCGUUUCACUAUGUGAAACUCAUUUCGUUUCACAUAGUGAAACUCAUUUAGUUCAACGAACAACGAAUCGAGUUGAACGUAGUUAGACGAAUAGUUACACUCAGGAAACAAUCUAUGAGCAUUCCGGAUUAUCCAGAUUCCCUAUGAUAAAGCUAUGAUAAAGAAUGUUACGCCCAAACAAUCCCAUGUCUUUCUUGGUUUGACAAACCGGCGAUUUCCGUGAGCAAGAACAAGUCUCUCUUGGGAGCAGAGCAGUCAAAGAAUGAACCAAACCAAAUGAUUGUUCUAGAAUGGCUAUUCCUCACAAUUGCUCCUUGUGAUGCAGCGGAACCAUGGCAAUUAGGAUCUCAAGACGCAGCAACACCUAUGAUGCAAGGAAUAAUAGACUUACAUCACGAUAUCUUUUUCUUCCUCAUUCUGAUUUUGGUUUUCGUAUCAUGGAUCUUGGUUCGCGCUUUAUGGCAUUUCCACUAUAAAAAAAAUCCAAUCCCGCAAAGGAUUGUUCAUGGAACUACUAUCGAGAUUCUUCGGACCAUAUUUCCUAGUAUCAUCCCGAUGUUCAUUGCUAUACCAUCAUUUGCUCUGUUAUACUCAAUGGACGAGGUAGUAGUAGAUCCAGCCAUGACUAUCAAAGCUAUUGGACAUCAAUGGUAUCGGAGUGCGCCUCUUCACGAGGGUGAUUGAAGUGUUUCAUAUGGUUCGCGAAGCAUCUGGCUUACCGUCGAGAUACUUUCAUAACUAUAGCAUGCCAGAAACGGGGAGUUAGACCUAUACCCAAUGAGUUGAUAAACGAAUCCGUGCAUAGGAGCCUAUGGUUCCAUUCUUGUUGUUGCUGGAGGUACACAUCCCUCUUCUCGGUGUGGAACGAUAUACGAGAAAUAUAUGCUCAGCCUGCAAUGUCCGAUAACGGCGCUGAAGUAGUGAAUCUAUCGGCACCAUAGCUUUGGACCUAACGGCCGGCCUAGUAACCUUUCGGAAUGGGGGAUCCCCGUUGGCAACAACCACGGUAGUAGUUGCGGAACUACUGGGCUGGGAGAGGUACGAAGUUGCUCUGAAUGAGUUUCACUAUGUUCAGUGUAACUAUUCGUUUCAAAUGAGUUGACAGAGAACAGAGAUUCGUUGAACAUAGUUCAACUCAUUUCGUUUCAAACGUUGAACAUAGUUCAACACUAUGUGAAACUCAUUCGACCAACGGGAGAGGACAACCUCUUUCUUCGCUUCGGGGACGGAGGUCCUACGGUAGGUAACAGCAAGUUUACCGAAGGGGACCAGCGCUUCUACUCCUCCACCGAAUGAGUUGAACUAUGUUCAACGGUACGAAGUUGCUAGAGUGUAACGAUUCGUUUCAAAUGAGUUGACAGAGAUUCGUUGAACUAUGUUCAACAACGAACAACGAAUAGUUCAACUCAUUCGGGAGAACUACCUAACUAAAGAAAAAAAGUGUUCUUUCUAAGAGUAGGCGUGGAGAGCUUUUUGCGGGGAAACUUGCAAGUACAGUUUGGGGGGAGGCGGGCGUCGACCCAACCUUAUGAGUAUUCGGACUAUAACAGUUCCGAUGAACAGUCUCUCACUUUUGACAGUUAUACGAUUCCAGAAGAUGAUCCAGAAUUGGGUCAAUCACGUUUAUUAGAAGUGGACAAUAGAGUGGUUGUACCAGCCAAAACUCAUUUACGUAUUAUUGUAACAUCUGCUGAUGUACCUCAUAGUUGGGCUGUACCUUCCUUAGGUGUCAAAUGUGAUGCUGUACCUGGUCGUUUAAAUCAGACCUCUAUUUCGGUACAACGAGAAGGAGUUUACUAUGGUCAGUGCAGUGAGAUUUGUGGAACGAAUCAUGCCUUUAUGCCUAUCGUCGUAGAAGCUGUUUCUAGGAAAGAUUAUGGUUCUCGGGUAUUCAAUCAAACCGGGGAAGACCAUUAAUGAAUCGGGGAAGCAUACUUCCGGGUGUUUUCGCACUUCUGCAACUUUUUCUCACGGAAGCAGAAGACGGAGCCACAACAUCAACUCUCUGGGAUUCCCAGGGAAAAUUGGACGUCGAUACGUCUUAGGUAUUUCACUAUGUUCAACUCAUUACGUAUUUUUAUUUGACUUGACUAUACGUAUCUUUAGGUCUAGCCCGCUCUCUCUAUUGGUUGGUUGUGCUUUGUUUGCUUGACAAAUGAGUUCAAGCCGUAUAAAGGGGCAAGCUGCUC